AUGUCAUUAGAGAUACCGACGAAAGAAUCAAAUAAGAAACGUAAAGAUCAAGACCUACUCAAUGCUUUCAAUCAACAUUUUAAUGAAUCUGUUGAUGAUGUUCAAUAUGUUAAAAAAAUUUUAAAUAAUCCAAAAGUUAGACCUUGGUAUAUGGAUUAUAAAGAAAAAGUUGCACAACAAAAUAGAAUAAAUAAUGGUUGGAGACCUCCAAAGACAUCAUCUUCAUCAUCCUCACAUCAACAACAACAACUGCAUCCUUCUUUAUUAUCAUCACCAAUAACAACUUCAACUUCAUCAGUCAUUAAUGAACCAUUAUCAUCCCCUUUAUAUCAAUCUACAUCAUCAAAUUUCCCAUCAAUUUCAGCAUCUUCAUCAACUUUAAUCCCAUCUACAAUAAUACAAAAUAAUCAAGAUUCAAAUGAUCCAUUGAUACAACUUUUAUUAAAAGAAUUCAAUGAUAAAAAAGCUUUACUAAUUGAAAAUUUUGAAACCAAUUUAAAAAAUUUAGAAGAUGAAUAUAAUAAAAAAAUUAAAGAUAUUCAAUUACAAACUUUUAUUAAAGAUAUUGAUUUUGAUGAAGAUAAUUAA